AUGGUGGUGAUAGUGGUGCCCUUAGCUACUAAUGACACCCACAGCAAGACCAAUGCCGUCUUCUUCAAGGGCUGUGGGAAGGGCUCUCAGGGCUAUAGGAAGGGCUCUCAGGGCUAUGAGAAGGGCUCUCAGGGCUAUGGGAAGGGCUUUCAGGGCUGUGGGAAGGGCUUUCAGGGCUAUGGGAAGGGCUCUCAGGGCUAUGAGAAGGGCUCUCAGGGCUAUGAGAAGGGCUCUCAGAGCUGUGGGAAGGGCUCUCAGGGCUAUAGGAAUGACUCUCAGAACUAUGAGAAGGGCGCUCAGGGCUAUGGGAAGGGCUCUCAGCGCUAUGGGAAGGGAAAGCUCUCAGCCAACCACCAGGAUUUAGAGAGACAUUGGAGUCACCUUCAGAAACCUACAAACAACGUCCUCGUGAGCAUCUUAUAA